ACAACAAUUUCUACCACUAUGCCUUCAUCGCUAUUUUCGACUGGCAUGAAUACACCACCGACAAAAACACCAACAUUCCAGAACUCCUCAAAUACUACAAGCCAGACAACACAAUCCUUAGCUACAACAGCUACAAGCAUGCCUAUAACACCAACUUCAAAAGCAUCAUUGGAGAUUUCAUCUACUCUCAAAAUCGUAUCUUUAGGAAUGUCAACAACUUCUGCUGGUGUUCAUUCAUCAGCAUUUUCAACUAGCAUUCCUACACCAAGAACUACGACAGCAACAAGUAUUACAUCCUCCCCAGGCAAAAGCAUAUCAACAACUGCUGCAACACCUUUAACAAGCAGAUUUACACAAGGAGUUACAUCAACAGCCCUGAAUUCAACGACUGGUAAGAACAUAUCAACAAUUACAACAACAGUCUCCCCUAAUACAUCCCCACCAUUGUUUUCACCUGGCUCAACAACUACAUUACCAACUACCACAUCGACGAGUCUUAUUUCUUCAACAAGUGGAAGGUCAUCGACAUCUACAGAAACCUCUUCAGCAAAGUCUUCUACUUCAGGUUCAGGUACAACAAUGAGCAACCUAUCAUUGCAUGUUUCGACACCAAGAGUCCAGACUACCACUACUGGUACAGGGGCAUCUACUUUAUCAACAAUUUCUACCACUGUGCCUUCAUCACUACUUUCGACUGGCAUGAAUACACCACCGACAAAAACACCAACAUUCCAGAACUCCUCUAAUACUACAAGCCAGACAACACAAUCCUUAGCUACAACAGCUACAAGCAUGCCUAUAACACCAACUUCAAAAUUUUCUCUGGAAAUUUCAUCUACUCUCAAAAGCGUAUCUUCAGGAAUGUCAACUACAACUUCUGAUGGUAUUCAUUCUCCAGCUUUUUCAACUAGCAUUCCUAUACCAAGAACUAUGACAUCAACAAGUAUUACAUCCUCCUCAGGCCAAAGCAUGUCAACAACUACAGCAACUUCUUCAAUA